UCAUUGCCAUCUCGGCAGAACGGAGUCUGUUCAUUCCUGCUGAAUGUGGGGAGAACAGCACACUUUUGACUUUGUCCAAGUCAGGUUUCACAGAGGAAUAUUCUGUUUUCUUCACGAUAGCGAAGGAUCAGCGAGAACAAAGGGAAAAAAGUAAGAGAGGAUUUGUUCUUUCAUUUUAUGACAUGAUUCAAAGACAUGUGGCAUCUGGUUUUGCCACUGGAUUCUUUUACACAGCAAGACAUGAGAGGAUCUAAAUUGUCAUCUUUGAUCUUGUGCAUUUUAGUUUUACUUCGAGAGUGUAUACUCCUAUAAAGCACAAUGGUUGCUGGAAUGUUGAUGCCCCUGAGGGAGUUGAGGGCCAUCUAUGAAGUCCUGUUUCGAGAUGGUGUCAUGGUGGCCAAGAAGGACAAGAGGCCACAAAUCAAGCACCCUGAGGUACAAGAUGUAAGCAACCUACAAGUUAUCCGUGCCAUGGGCUCUCUCAAGUCCAGGGGCUAUGUGAAAGAGACGUUCGCUUGGAGACAUUUUUACUGGUACUUGACCAAUGAAGGCAUUGUUUACCUACGUGACUACCUCCAUCUGCCCCCUGAGAUUGUUCCAGCCUCCUUGCAGAGAGUGAGAAGGCCAGCUUCCACCCUAGCUAUUGCCCGGGGUGCGAGGGUCCAAUCUGUAGAAGGUCCAACUUCUUAUGUUCCUAAGCCGGGCCGCAACAAUGAAGCAGAGAGCGAAGGGGCACUGGCUGAGCGUCAGGGCUACCGCCACAAGAUGAUGGGUCCCAGAGAAAGAGAGAAUCACUCUGAUAGGACACCCAGGUUCAGGGGUCGUUCAAUGACUGCUGAGACAGUCAGGCCCAAAGCAUCAUGGGAGAUGAAAGAAGAGGACCAGCCACAGACUAUGUUCAUGCGGGGAAAUGAUGCAGCCGUGAUGGAUGAGAGCAGGUUGAAAAGAGCUUCCCAUCAGCUCCCUGAAUUGAGCAGAGAGAGGCCAGUACCAACAAGCCAGGUGAGAAGAGUGUCUGAGGUUCAAAGGGAGAAGGUGCUAAGUUCUGCUCCAGUUCAAACAGUGGCUUUGAAACAGGAUGUGCCACAGACCACUGUGACACCAGCCCUACCAUUAAUUGUGCCUGCUGUCACUAAGGCUACAGGUGCAUCACCAAAGGUAUCAGCUGAUAGAAGAGAGCGAGAGAAGCCCAAGAUGACUGAUACAAAAUCUGCCAUAAAGUCUAGUGAAAUCGUCACAAUCAGUUCAACCUCCACCACGAGUCCGAACACAGACAUCAAGGAAGAGAGGAUGAAAAAGGUGGUUGUCAGUCAAAUCAAAUCUGAAGAGAUCAAAGCUACAGCUGAAAGUGAUGGAGUGCAGUCCCACGUAGGCAUUACCACAGCUGCAGUUCAAAGCACCACUGUCCUUACUGCCCCCAUCACCAAAAAAACUGUCAAUAAAGAUGUGAUUGAAGAGAAGGCAAAAGAAGCAAUCGCUCAUGAGGUUAAGUCUACAGAGCUGAAGAGUACAGUUGAAACCCCAGCUAAAAUGAAGCCUCAGGCAGUUGCUACUGUGGCUUCUGUUCAGGAAUCUUAUGACACCAAUGACACCAGCACCCCCGUCAUCACAAAACCUGUGAAGGAAGAGAAGGCCAAGAAAAAAAAGGCAACUGAGGAGUCGGUUAAACUUGCUGAAGUAAAAAUACCAGGUCAAGAGAAAGCUACAAAAACUGACAAAGUGUCUGUACCAACCAAAGCCAAACCUGGAAGCACCACAGGCAAACCAGUGGUGUCCGAUAAUGUAGAAACCCCCAAAGUGGUUCAGGAGCCGAGUGAUGCUACACCAACCUCAGUGAAUAUUUCAGAAAAGCCAAAAAGUGAAGUUCUUUCUAAAGCUGCUGAAUCCUCAAUACUUGAAGUAACAACUAGUGUCCGUACCGGUCUCACAUCAUCUAGGACCAAUGCUGAAGUGGUGCAGGUAGCCACAGAUAAAACUACAAUAAAAGAGAAGAGGACAACACAAGAUGUAAUGACACUUACUCAUGUCGAAAAAGAUGGAGAAAUAGCACCAGAAGACCCUAAAGACCCAACGCCAGCACCCCCAUCAGUGCAGGAAGAUGCUACUACUUAUCAUAAAAGUCAAAAUGAUGUUGGCAUAGAGGCGGUUAAGGAAACCAAACAAAUAACUGAAGGAAGUUCAAAAUCAAAGAAAAAGAAAAAGAAAGGUGAGGCAUCUAAACCUGCUGCUGCCAGGGAGCAAUCAGAGAUAAAAUCCUCUGAGGAUCAGCUCAGAGAAGAAGUGUCUGAAAAUGUCUCUAAACGCAUAUCAGUGGCUACGUCAGAGCUUUUAACUGUUACUGCCAGUGUAAAGACUGAGGAGACCUACACACAACAUAUAGAUGGAGAACAAUUAAAAGAAGAAGAGGCCACUGAUCCGACUGCUGGGAGGCCAAAAGAGGAAGUCAAGGUAGGAACUGCAGUGCUUCUAGAUGCACAAGUGAAAAAGAAGCCUGAGGGAAGCAAUGCCAGCAAGAUCGCACAGCGACCAUCAUGCCCCGAGGCUGAGUUAGGUGUUACGGCAACAAUGAAACCAGAGAGAGUAACUGUCACAAACGUAGAAAUAACCACAGUGCAGAAAGUCACCCAAGUGGGAGCAGAAAACUCUCAGCGUGAGGAAGAAAUCCCUGCGUCACUGCCGGAAUCGGAGAAGCCCCGAGUCGACACUAAAUCCCUGCUAAACACGGGGAAAGCUGCAGAAGAGUCUUCAAAGAGCAAGAAGAAAGGCAAAGGCAAAAAGGCUAAAGCCACCGGAUCAGACGUCGCAAACGCAGAGCUUGUUUCGCCUGAAGCGUUAGCAUCCACUGACAUUACACCUCUACCCAAGGCCGCUAUUAGGCAGAGUCCUGCCACGACCUCUGAACCCACUGAAAUGUGCGUCUCUCUAAAGAUGACUCCUGCAGGAAUGUGCAGCGAGGAAACCGGGCGGGCGGCAGCUGUGCUCUCUGAGGCCCCGGCAGACAAAGGGGAGGUGGAGCCAGAGCCGCUCUCUGCAGAAAAAGUCGAGCGGGAGGUUCCGAAACGAAAAACAUCCUCCACUGCGAGGGAAGCGCCCGCCGCCGGAGCACUAGCGUCAGCAGAGGCAGCUGCAGCUCAGGCACAGACCAGCCCCUCCGUCGAGCGAGAGGAGCCUCCCAGAGUUGCACAACACUCGGCCACUCGGGCGACAGAGCGCAGCGCAGAGACCAGGCUCCCUGCGUCGGAGGCCCGCGAACGGGAGGGAGAGAAGAAGAAGAAGAAGAAGAAGAAGGAGUCGAGGGAGGACACACCCUCUGCCACCGCCACACCCGCAGCCGCCCGGCCUGACCAGCCUCACCUGGGGGACACUCGGCAGCCCAGCGACUCGGACGCAGACGAGGCCAACAUGAAGAGGAAGAUUGUGGUGGUGGAGGAGAUAGUGGAGGUGAAGCAGCUCAUUAGUCCGGAGGCGGCGGAGGGGCAGACGCCCCCACCACCUGUGCAGCCUGAGGUGCAGGGAGAGGAGCUGGACCUGGACGUGCUGGAACAACUGGCCAUAGAGCGAGCGGUUCUGUCCGGGGCCGACAAGGCGGAGUGGGACCACUCUUUGGGGGAGCCGGAGGAGAAGACCUGGCCCAACUUCAUUGAAGAUGAACGAGACCGAGUACAGAAAAAGACCUUCACAAAAUGGGUGAACAAGCAUUUGAUAAAGUCACAGCGUCACGUGACAGACUUGUAUGAAGAUCUGCGAGAUGGACAUAACCUGAUCUCCCUGCUGGAGGUCCUCUCCGGGGACACGCUGCUGAGCGAGAGAGACGUGGCCAGGAGUGUUCGCUUGCCCAGGGAGAAAGGCCGCAUGCGAUUCCACAAACUGCAGAAUGUACAGAUAGCGCUGGAUUUCCUCAGACAUCGGCAGGUCAAACUAGUGAACAUCAGAAACGAUGACAUAGCCGAUGGCAACCCCAAGCUGACUUUGGGGUUAAUAUGGACCAUCAUCCUCCACUUCCAGGUCUCCUCCUCAAUCUCGGACAUUCAGGUCAACGGCCAGUCUGAGGACAUGUCCGCCAAGGAGAAGCUGCUGCUCUGGUCCCAGAGGAUGACCGACGGCUACCAGGGCAUCCGCUGCGACAACUUCACCACCAGCUGGCGGGACGGCAAGCUCUUCAACGCCGUCAUUCACAAAAACUAUCCCAGACUCAUCGACAUGGGCAAAGUGUACCGACAGACCAACCUGGAGAACCUGGAACAGGCCUUCAAUGUGGCUGAGAAAGACCUGGGAGUCACACGCCUCCUGGACCCUGAGGAUGUCGAUGUUCCACAUCCUGAUGAGAAGUCCAUCAUCACCUAUGUAUCAUCUUUGUACGAUGCCAUGCCUCGCACUGACGCACACGAUGGCAUCAGCACCACCGAGCUCGAGCUGCGCUGGCGUGAGUACUAUGAGCUGGUUACUCUCCUGAUCCAGUGGAUCCGCCACCAUGUCAUGAUCUUUGAGGAGAGGCAGUUCCCCACCAGCUACGAGGAGAUAGAGCUUAUUUGGCGCCAGUUCUUGAAGUUCAAAGAGACAGAGCUGCCAGUGAAAGAGACUGACAAGAACCGGUCCAAGCAAAUAUACCAGACCUUCGAGAGUGCGGUGAGUGCUGGCCAGGUGAAGGUCCCUCCAGGCUACCAUCCCAUUGACGUGGAGAAAGAAUGGGGUCGUCUCCACGUCGCCAUCCUCGAGAGAGAGCGGCUUCUGAGGAUAGAGUUUGAAAGACUUGAGAGGCUCCAGAGGAUUGUCAAUAAAGUCCAGAUGGAGUCAGGGUCGUGCGAUGAGCAGCUCGGCAACCUGGAGACUCUGCUGCAAACAGACAUCCGUCUGCUGAACGCGGGGAAACCAGCUCAGCACACGGCAGAGAUAGAGAGAGAGCUGGACAAGGCAGACAACACGAUCCGCUUGCUCUUCAAUGAUGUCCAAAUCCUCAAGGACGGGCGCCACCCUCAGGCUGAGCAGAUGUACCGCAGGGUCUUCCGGAUCCACGAGCGCCUGGUGAACCUGCGCAGUGAUUACAACCUCCGCCUGAAGUCGACUACGUCUGCCAUCCAGGCCACGCGCCUCAGUCCUCAGGAAUCCAGCAUGAAGGCGCGUCCUGAGCUGGACGACGUGACCCUGCGCUACGUCCAGGAUCUGCUGGAGUGGGUGCAGGAGAACCAGCGUCGCAUCGAUGAGGCUGAGUGGGGGUCGGACCUUCCCUCUGUGGAGUCCCAGCUGGGCAGCCACAGGGGCCUGCACCAGACGGUGGAGGACUUCCGCUCCAAGAUCGAGCGGGCCAAGGCUGAUGAGAACCAGCUGUCUCCUAUCAGUAGAGGGAAGUACAGAGAAUACCUGGGGAGACUGGACCUUCAAUACGCCAAACUACUGAACUCUUCCAAGUCCCGUCUGAGGAACUUGGAUUCUCUCCAUGCAUUUGUCAGUGCUGCCACUAAGGAACUGAUGUGGUUAAAUGACAAAGAGGAAGAGGAGGUCAACUAUGACUGGAGUGAUAAAAACACCAACAUGACCGUUAAGAAGGAAAACUACUCGGGUCUCAUGCGAGAGCUGGAGCUGAGGGAGAAGAAGGUCAAUGACAUCCAGGCCAUGGGAGACAGACUCGUCAAGGACGGACAUCCUGGCAAGAAAACAGUUGAGGCCUUCACAGCAGCUCUGCAGACUCAAUGGAGCUGGAUCCUCCAGCUGUGCUGCUGUGUUGAAGCUCACCUGAAAGAAAACACAGCCUACUACCAGUUCUUUACGGAUGUGAAAGAUGCUCAGGACAAGAUGAAGAAAAUGCAAGAGAACAUGAAAAAGAAAUACAGCUGCGAUCGCACAACAACAGCCACGCGUCUGGAGGAUCUGCUACAGGACGCUGUUGACGAGAAGGAGCAGUUAAAUGAAUUCAAGACCCAAGUGGCUGGACUCAACAAGAGGGCCAAGUCCAUCAUCCAGUUGAAACCACGCAACCCCACCACUCCUAUCAAAGGCAACCUGCCCGUUCAGGCCGUCUGUGACUUCAAGCAGGUGGAGAUCACUGUCCAUAAAGGAGAUGAGUGCGCGCUCCUCAACAACUCCCAGCCCUCCAAGUGGAAGGUCAUGAACCGCUCUGGAAGCGAGGCGGUGGUGCCCUCUGUCUGUUUCCUCGUACCUCCAGUCAACAAGGAGGCUGUGGACAGCGUGUCCAGUCUGGAAGGAGGUCAUCAGCAGAUGGUGUCCAUGUGGGAGACGCUGCACAUCAACAUGAAGAGUCUGCUGUCGUGGCAGUACCUGAUGAAAGACUUCACACUGAUCCGCUCCUGGAACAUCACCAUGUUGAAGACCAUGAAGCCAGAAGAAUACAGGCUGAUCCUGAGGAACCUGGAGCUCCACUACCAGGAUUUCAUGCGCGACAGCCAGGACUCGCAGCUGUUUGGCCCUGAUGAUCGCAUGCAGAUCGAGGGGGAUUACACCAAGUCCACCCAGCAUUUCGACAGCCUGCUUCGCUCCAUGGAGAAAGGGUUGGUUGUUAGACACAAAGGUCAACAGGAUGAGACUCUGUGUAAGAACUACAUCUCCGAGGUGAAGGACCUGCGUCUGCGCAUUGAGGACUGUGAGGCUCGCACCGUGGCUCGCAUACGCAAACCUGUGGAGAAGGAGCCUCUGAAAGAAUGCAUUCAGAAGACAGCGGAGCAGGCGAAAGUCCAGGUGGAGCUUGAGGGCCUGAAGAAGGACCUUGAUAAGGUUUCAACAAAGACGCAGGACAUCCUGAACUCACCUCAGCCGUCUGCCACCGCUCCUGUGCUGCGAUCAGAGCUUGAACUCACUGUGCAGAAGAUGGAUCACGCCUACAUGCUCUCCUCAGUUUAUCUGGAGAAGCUGAAGACUGUAGAGAUGGUGAUUCGUAACACACAAGGUGCUGAGGGAGUUCUGAAACAGUACGAGAACUGCCUGCGUGAGGUUCACACUGUGCCCAACGACGUCAAGGAAGUGGAGACCUACAGAACCAAUCUAAAGAAAAUGCGAGCCGAAGCUGAGGCCGAGCAGCCGGUGUUCGAUUCCCUGGAAGAGGAGCUGAAGAAGGCGUCCGCCGUGAGUGACAAGAUGUCCCGUGUGCACAGCGAGCGGGACGCCGAGCUCGACCAGCACCGCCAGCACCUGUCGAGCCUCCAGGACCGCUGGAAGGCCGUGUUCACUCAGAUCGACCUUCGCCAGAGGGAACUGGAUCAGCUGGGCCGCCAGCUGGGCUACUACCGCGAGAGCUACGAUUGGCUGAUUCGCUGGAUUGCGGACGCGAAGCAGAGGCAGGAGAACAUCCAGGCUGUGCCGAUCACUGACAGCAAAACUCUGAAAGAACAGCUUGCCAAGGAGAAGAAACUGCUGGAGGAGAUUGAGAAGAACAAAGACAAAGUUGAUGAGUGUCAAAAAUAUGCCAAAGCAUACAUUGAUAUCAUCAAGGACUAUGAACUCCAGCUGGUUGCCUACAAAGCACAGGUGGAGCCCCUUACCUCGCCCUUGAAGAAAACCAAGCUGGAUUCUGCUUCUGACAACAUCAUUCAGGAGUAUGUAACACUGCGGACGCGGUACAGUGAACUGAUGACGCUGACUAGUCAGUACAUCAAGUUCAUCACCGACACCCAGCGGCGCCUGGAGGACGAGGAGAAAGCUGCAGAGAAACUCAAAGCAGAAGAGCAGAAAAAAAUGGCCGAGAUGCAGGCUGAGUUAGACAAACAAAAACAGUUAGCUGAAGCUCACGCAAAGGCCAUUGCCAAAGCUGAGAAAGAGGCUCAGGAGCUGAAGCUCAGAAUGCAGGAAGAAGUGAGCAAGAGGGAAACCGCUGCGGUCGAUGCUGAAAAGCAAAAGCAAAACAUCCAGCUGGAACUGCAUGAGCUCAAAAACCUCUCAGAGCAGCAGAUAAAGGACAAAAGUCAACAGGUUGAUGAAGCGCUAAAAAGCAGGCUCAGGAUUGAGGAGGAAAUCCACCUCAUUAGGAUUCAACUUGAGACAACAGUGAAACAAAAGUCUAACGCAGAAGACGAGCUGAAGCAACUUCGCGAUAGAGCAGAUGCCGCUGAGAAACUCAGAAAGCUUGCCCAGGAGGAGGCUGAAAAACUCCGCAAACAAGUCAGUGAAGAGACCCAAAAAAAGCGUUUGGCAGAGGAAGAACUCAAGCACAAAUCUGAGGCGGAAAGAAAAGCCGCUAAUGAAAAGCAAAAAGCCCUUGAAGACCUUGAAAACCUACGAAUGCAAGCAGAGGAAGCUGAAAGGCAAGUGAAGCAAGCAGAGGUUGAAAAGGAGAGACAAAUCCAGGUUGCUCAUGUGGCAGCCCAGCAAAGCGCUGCAGCUGAGCUCCGGAGCAAACAAAUGUCCUUUGCUGAAAAUGUGUCAAAGCUGGAGGAGUCACUUAAACAAGAGCACGGCACCGUCCUUCAGCUGCAACAAGAUGCAGAGCGCCUCAGGAAACAACAGGAGGAUGCUGAAAAUGCCAGGGAGGAGGCUGAAAGGGAGCUUGAGAAGUGGAGGCAAAAAGCUAACGAAGCCCUUCGUCUAAGACUGCAGGCUGAAGAAGAAGCUCACAAGAAGAGCCUCGCGCAAGAAGAAGCCGAGAAACAAAAGGAGGAGGCCGACCGAGAAGCCAAGAAGAGAUCCAAAGCAGAGGAGUCGGCCUUGAAGCAGAGAGAUAUGGCCGAAAACGAGCUGGAGAGGCAGAGAAGGUUGGCUGAAAGCACAGCUCAGCAGAAACUCGCUGCAGAACAGGAGCUCAUUCGACUGAGGGCUGAUUUUGACAACGCAGAACAGCAAAGAUCCCUCCUCGAAGACGAACUUUAUCGCCUGAAGAAUGAAGUCAUUGCAGCGCAGCAGGAAAGGAAACAGCUGGAGGAUGAACUGUCCAAAGUGAGGAGUGAAAUGGAUAUACUCAUUCAGCUCAAGUCCAGGGCAGAGAAAGAGACAAUGUCCAACACAGAGAAGAGCAAACAACUCCUUGAGGCCGAAGCCACCAAGCUGAGGGACCUGGCCGAGGAAGCAAGCAAGCUCAGGGCCAUCGCAGAGGAGGCUAAGCACCAGAGGCAGCUCGCAGAGGAAGACGCAGCUCGUCAGCGAGCGGAAGCUGAGAGGAUUCUGAAAGAGAAGCUGGCUGCAAUCAGCGACGCCACUCGUUUGAAAACAGAGGCUGAAAUAGCCCUUAAGGAGAAGGAGGCAGAAAAUGAAAGACUCCGACGACAGGCUGAGGAUGAGGCCUACCAGAGGAAGAUUCUUGAAGACCAGGCCAACCAGCACAAGUUAGAGAUUGAGGAGAAGAUAGUCCUGCUAAAGAAAUCCUCUGAUGCUGAAAUGGAAAGACAAAAGGCAAUAGUGGACGACACGCUCAAACAGAGGCGAGUUGUAGAAGAGGAAAUUCGAAUCCUCAAGCUCAACUUUGAAAAGGCCUCAUCUGGAAAACUUGAUCUGGAAUUAGAAUUAAACAAGCUGAAAAAUAUCGCAGAGGAAACCCAGCAAAGCAAACUUAGGGCCGAGGAGGAGGCAGAAAAGCUAAGAAGGCUUGUUCUUGAGGAGGAGAUGAGGAGAAAAGAAGCCGAAGAUAAGGUCAAGAAGAUUGCUGCUGCUGAAGAAGAGGCGGCCAGACAACGCAAGGCCGCCCAAGAAGAGCUUGAUCGUCUGCAAAAGAAAGCAGACGAAGUCAGAAAACAGAAAGAGGAGGCCGACAAGGAAGCGGAAAAGCAAAUAGUUGCAGCUCAGCAAGCAGCUCUCAAAUGCAACAUGGCAGAGCAGCAAGUCCAAAGCGUCCUUGCUCAACAGAAGGAAGACAGUAUGAUGCAGAACAAGCUUAAGGAAGAAUACGAGAAAGCCAAGGCUCUUGCCAGAGAUGCAGAGGCUGCCAAGGAGAGGGCAGAAAGGGAGGCGGCGCUCCUUCGCCAACAAGCAGAGGAAGCAGAACGCCAAAAGGUGGCUGCCGAGCAGGAGGCUGCGAACCAAGCCAAAGCUCAGGACGAUGCCGAGAGGCUGAGGAAGGACGCCGAGUUUGAGGCCGCUAAACUGGCACAAGCAGAGGCCGCGGCACUUAAGCAGAAACAACAGGCCGACGAGGAGAUGGCCAAGCACAAAAAACUGGCAGAGCAAACACUCAAGCAGAAGUUCCAAGUGGAACAAGAGCUCACAAAGGUCAAACUUCAGCUCGAGGAGACCGACAAACAGAAAUCUCUCCUAGAUGAUGAGCUGCAGCGUUUGAAGGAUGAGGUGGACGAUGCUAUGAGACAAAAGGCUUCGGUGGAGGAGGAAUUGUUCAAGGUCAAGAUUCAAAUGGAGGAACUAAUGAAACUAAAAGUCAGAAUUGAGGAGGAAAAUCAGCGCCUCAUGAAAAAAGACAAAGACAAUACUCAAAAAUUCCUAGUGGAAGAGGCUGAAAAUAUGAAAAAGCUAGCAGAAGAUGCUGCUAGACUUAGUAUAGAAGCCCAAGAGGCAGCACGCUUGAGACAAAUAGCAGAAGACGACCUCAAUCAGCAAAGAACUCUCGCUGAGAAAAUGCUGAAAGAGAAAAUGCAAGCCAUACAGGAGGCAUCUCGGCUCAAAGCCGAAGCAGAGAUGCUCCAGAGGCAGAAGGAUUUGGCUCAAGAGCAGGCGCAGAAGCUGCUGGAGGACAAACAACUGAUGCAACAGCGUCUGGAUGAGGAAACAGAGGAAUACCAAAGAUCGCUUGAAGCCGAGAGGAAAAGGCAGCUGGAAAUCAUCGCUGAAGCUGAAAAACUCAAACUGCAGGUCUCUCAGCUCAGUGAGGCCCAGGCCAAAGCGGAGGAGGAGGCCAAAAAGUUCAAGAAGCAAGCCGACACAAUCGCAGCACGUCUUCACGAGACUGAAAUCGCCACCAAAGAACAGAUGACUGAAGUGAAAAAGAUGGAAUUUGAGAAACUAAAUACCAGCAAAGAAGCUGACGACUUACGUAAAGCAAUCACAGAGCUAGAGAAGGAGAAGGCUAGACUGAAAAAGGAGGCUGAAGAACAUCAAAAUAAGUCCAAAGAGAUGGCUGAUGCACAGCAGAAACAAAUUGAGCGUGAGAUGACAGUGCUUCAGCAGACAUUCCUGACAGAAAAGGAAAUGCUGCUUAAGAAAGAGAAGCUCAUUGAGGAUGAGAAAAAGAAGCUUGAGAGCCAGUUCGAAGAGGAAAUCAAAAAGGCCAAAGCUCUUAAAGAUGAACAGGACCGCCAGAGGCAGCAGAUGGAGGAGGAGAAGCUGAAACUCAAAGCCACGAUGGACGCAGCGCUAAAUAAACAGAAAGAGGCAGAGAAAGACAUCCUCAACAAACAGAAAGAGAUGCAGGAGCUAGAGAGGAAGAGGUUAGAGCAGGAGAGAGUUCUUGCAGAUGAGAACCAGAAACUGCGCGAGAAGCUGCAGCAGAUGGAAGAAGCACAGAAAAGCACACUCAUCACAGAAAAGCAUGUUACAGUGGUCGAGACAGUUCUUAAUGGCCAGAAUGCUGGUGAUGUGCUUGACGGUGUGGAGAAGAGACCUGAUCCAAUGGCUUUUGAUGGCAUUCGUGAUAAGGUUCCUGCAAGCAGACUGCUUGAUAUUGGGGUUUUACCCAAGAAGGAAUUUGAUUUGUUAAAAAAUGGCAAAACCACAGCGAAAGAGCUCGGUGAAACUGAAAACCUUAGAAAAAUUCUUAAAGGAAAGAACAGCAUUGCUGGCAUUUUGACUCCGUCCAAUCAGAAAAUGACAAUCUAUCAAGCAUCAAAAGAGAAAAAGAUCACUCCAGGAACAGCCAUGAUCCUUCUGGAGGCCCAGGCAGCCACUGGAUACAUGUUAGAUCCCAUCAAUAACCACAAGCUUUCUGUGAAUGAGGCUGUUAAGGAAGGAUUGAUUGGUCCCGAGCUGCACAACAAAAUGCUUUCAGCUGAAAAGGCUGUGGUUGGAUACAAAGAUCCAUACAGUGGUGGAAAGAUCUCAGUUUUUGAAGCAAUGAAGAAAGGGCUCAUGGACCAUGAUCAUGCCAUCAGAGUUCUUGAGGCUCAGCUUGCAACUGGUGGCAUCAUUGACCCACUUAACAGUCACCGUGUCCCUAAUGAAAUAGCCUACAAGCAGGGGCAAUAUGAUGCAGAAAUGAAUAAGAUUAUGGAAAAUCCUUCCGAUGACACAAAAGGAUACUUUGAUCCCAGCACUCAGGAACCUUUGACAUAUUCUGAGCUAAUGGCAAGAUGCACCACUGACCCGAACACUGGUCUGUUACUCCUGCCAAUCACAGACAAAGCGGCUCAGUGCUCAAGUAUAUACACAGAGGAGGAGACCAAAGAUGUGUUCAGCAAAACAACAGUGUCUGUGCCAUUUGGAAGGUUCAAGGGAAAGACGGUCACCAUUUGGGAAAUUAUCAAUUCUGAAUAUUUCACUGAGGACCAGAAGAAAGAUCUAUUACGACAAUACAAGACAGGCAAAAUCACAAUUGAGAAAAUCAUUAGAAUUGUAAUUACUGUGGCAGAGGAGAAAGAGAAGAAGAGCGAAAUCACCUUUGAAGGUCUGAGAGCACCUGUCCCUGCCGCCGAGCUCUUGGAAUCCAAAAUCAUUGAUAAAGACCUGUACAAUGCUUUGCAGAAGGGCAACAAGACAGUCAAAGAGGUGUCUGAAAUGGAGCCUGUCCACAAAGCACUGAAGAACACAGACUGCAUCGCAGGUGUAGUCAUUAAGUCUUCCAAUGAAACAAUGUCCUUCUAUGAUGCAAUGAAGAAAGAUAUGAUGAGGCCAGGGCCUGCCCUCAAUAUGCUUGAAGCCCAAGCAGGUACCGGCUACGUUGUUGACCCUGUUCAUAAUCAGCAUUACACGGUUGAUGAAGCUGUUAAAGCAGGUGUCGUCGGCCCAGAAUUGCAUGAAAAGCUCCUGUCUGCAGAGAGAGCGGUCACAGGUUACAGAGAUCCUUACACUGGAAAGACUGUAUCUCUCUUCCAGGCAAUGAAAAAAGAUCUCAUCCCUAAAGAACAGGGAAUUAGACUGCUCGAUGCCCAAAUGACCACCGGUGGCAUAAUCGAUCCAGUGAAGAGCCAUCGCGUUCCUCAUGAUGUGGCCUGCAACAGGAGUUACUUUGAUGACGAGAUGAAACAGCAUCUGAGCAGCCCCACCGAUGAAACAAAAUGCUUCUUUGAUCCUAACACCAAAGAGAAUGUCACAUAUGCACAGCUCUCUAAACGCUGCCUCACUGACAAGAAGACUGGCCUCCGUCUCCUUCCUCUUUCUGACGAAGCAAUCAAGGCAAAGGAGGAGCCAGCAUAUACUGAAGCCCAGACAAAAGAAGCUAUGACACAAGCCACAGUGGAGCUUGACUCUGGACCUUUUAAGGGCAGAAAAAUUACAAUCUGGGAAAUCAUUAACUCUGAAUAUCUCACUGAGGAGCAAAGACUUGACCUGCUCAGACAAUUUAGGUCAGGAAAGAUAACAAUUGAAAAGCUAAUCAAGAUAGUUAUUACAGUUGUGCAUGAGAAAGAAGUAAAGAAACAAGAGCAGUCCAACUUCAAGGGACUGAGGGCUUCUGUCCCAGCAACUUCUUUGUAUGACUCCAAAAUCAUCACCGAAUCAACUUUUGACCUUCUGCAACAAGGAAAAACAACACCUAAACAAGUCAGUGAGAACCCCUCUGUCAGUAAAUACCUCCAGGGAUCUGAGAGCAUCGCUGGCAUCUAUCUAGAGCCAACAAAGGAGAAUAUAAGCAUUUACCAGGCAAUGAAGAAAAAGCUCCUUAGACACAACACAGGCCUUUCACUCCUUGAGGCCCAGGCUGCCUCUGGCUUUAUUGUAGACCCAGUGAAGAACCAGUGCCUGUCAGUAGAUGAAGCAGUUAAGUCAGGAGUUGUUGGCCCGGAGCUGCAUGAAAAACUACUCUCUGCUGAAAAAGCUGUCACUGGCUAUAAAGAUCCAUUUACAGGCAAGACAAUUUCCCUCUUCGAAGCCAUGCAAAAAGAUCUCAUUCUCAAGGAGCAUGCCAUGCCACUGUUGGAGGCCCAGAUGGUUAGUGGAGGAAUCAUUGACCCUGUGAACAGCCACCGUGUCCCAAAUGACACUGCUUACCAGAAGAACAUUCUCAGCAAAGAGGUUGCAAAGACACUCUCUGAACCCUCUGAUGACACUAAGGCCUUCUCAGACCCAGAAACCGAUGAAAAUGUUACCUACAGGCAACUUAAAAGCAAAUGCAGAACAGAUCCACAGACAGGCCUGUACUUCCUCCCUCUCUCCAAACCCCAGUCUCCAACAGUCGUGGAAAAGACUUACCUCUAUACCGAGGAACAAACACAGAGUGACCUGACCAACACCCAGAUUGACAUUCCAAUCGAGGGCCUUGCUGAAAAACCCAUGAACCUCUGGGACAUCAUGAAUUCAAAUUUGCUUCCUGAAGCAGAGAGGCAAAAACUCAUGGAUGAAUACCGCUCCGGUAAAAUCACCAAGGAGAGGAUGAUUAUUAUUAUUAUUGAGAUCAUGGAGCAGACAGAGAUCAUCAGAAGUGAUCCACUGUCAUAUAAAACCAUUAGACGAAGGAUAACCAUUGAGGAGCUCUACAAUGCUCGCAUCAUUGACCUUGAGACAUACAACCUCCUUAAACAGGGAAAACGGGACAUCCGUGACAUAAUGGAAAUGACCAGUGUCAAGCAGUAUCUCUAUGGCACAGGAUGUGUUGCUGGCUUCACAACUGACUCUGGCUCCAAGAUGAGUAUAUAUCAAGCCAUGAAGAGGGGUUUUAUUCAGCCAGAUGUAGCCCUCAACCUCCUAGAGACACAAGCUGCCACAGGAUUCAUCAUUGAUCCAAUAAAGAAUGAGACUCUCACUGUUGAUGAAGCUGUUCGUAAGGGUGUCGUUGGGCCCGAGAUCCAUGAUAAACUCCUGUCAGCUGAAAGAGCGGUGACAGGGUACAAAGAUCCGUAUAGUGGCAAAACUAUCUCUCUGUUCCAGGCCAUGAAGAAGGAUCUAGUUCCAGAGGGCUACGCUCUGAAAAUGUUGGAAGCCCAGACCUCCACCGGUGGUAUCAUAGAUCCUGAAUUCCAGUUCCACCUGCCGGCUGAUGUUGCCAUUCAAAGAGGUUACAUCAACAAGGAAACCAAUGAGAAACUCACAGAUGAUGUUAAAGGAUUUGUUGACCCCGUCUCCAAUGAAAAAUUGUCGUAUGCACAGCUUCUUAAGAGAUGCAAAUUAGUGGGUGGGUUGCGCCUCCUUCCUCUGGGCGACAAGAGGCUCACAGUGAAAGGUCUGAGGAAACAAAUCACCUUGGAGGAGCUUCUCAUUUCAGAGAUUAUUGAUCAGCAGACUGUCAAUGAACUGAAUGAAGGUCUGAUUUCAUUGGAAGAGGUGUCCAAGAGACUAUCGAAGUAUCUAGAGGGCACAAGCUGCAUUGCUGGUGUGUAUCUAGAAUCCAACAAGGAGCGUCUGUCAAUCUAUCAGGCCAUGAAGAAAAACAUGAUUAGGCCAGGCACUGCAUUUGAACUCCUUGAGGCACAGGCAGCCACAGGCUACAUCAUUGACCCAAUAAAAAGCCUUAAACUAACUGUCAAUGAAGCAGUGAGUAUGGGAACUGUAGGCCCAGAAUUCAAAGACAAGCUUCUUUCUGCUGAGCGUGCAGUGACGGGAUAUAGAGACCCUUACACAGGCAAGACAAUCUCCCUGUUCCAAGCCAUGAAAAAGGGGCUCAUCCUCAAAGAUCAUGGUAUCCGUCUUCUGGAAGCUCAGAUUGCCACUGGUGGAAUCAUUGACCCAGAGGAAAGUCAUCGCCUGCCAGUUGAGGUGGCCUAUAAACGUGGCUUCUUUGAUGAGGAGAUGAAUGAGAUUCUGUCUGAUCCAUCCGACGACACCAAAGGCUUCUUUGAUCCCAACACUGAGGAAAAUCUAACGUACCUCCAGCUCAUGGAAAGGUGCAUCACUGAUCCUGACACUGGCCUGGUGCUUCUGCUGCUCAAAGAAAAGAACAAGGAAAGAAAGACCUCGUCAAAGACCUCAGUUCGUAAGCGCAGAGUUGUUAUCGUAGACCCAGAAACCGGCAAAGAAAUGACCGUGUAUGAGGCCUACAGGAAGGGGCUUAUUGACCAUCAGACAUACAUAGAGCUGGCAGAACAGGAAUGUGAAUGGGAGGAGAUCACAAUGACAUCUUCUGAUGGUACUGUUAAAUCCCUCAUUAUUGACAGAAGAUCAGGGAGACAGUAUGAUGUUGACGACGCUAUUUCACGUGGCCUCAUUGACCAGAAUUCUCUUGAUACCUACCGGGCUGGGAACCUGUCCAUCACUGAAUUUGCCGAUAUGCUUUCUGGAAAUGCGGGCGGCUUUCGCUCACGAUCUUCCUCGUUUGGUUCCACCACGGGUUCCACCUACUCCUCCCCUAUGAGCCCGAUACCUUCCAUUAAAGCACCUGCAGUCAUAUGGAAUGACCCAUCGGAAGAGACUGUCCCCAUAGCUGGAAUACUGGACACAGAAACGCUGGAGAAGGUGUCUGUCACCGAAGCGAUGCACAGAAACCUCGUAGACAACAUCACAGGCCAGAGGUUGUUAGAGGCCCAGGCAUGCACAGGAGGGAUAAUUGACCCAACAACUGGAGAGAGAUUCACUGUCACUGUUGCCACAGAAAAAGGCCUUGUGGACAAAGCCAUGGUCGAUCGCCUCAAUCUGGCUCAAAAAGCAUUUAACGGGUUUGAAGACCCUAGAACAAAAGUGAGGAUGUCUGCCUCCCAGGCUCUGAAGAAGGGCUGGUUGUAUUAUGAAGCCGGCCAACGUUUCCUUGAGGUUCAGUAUCUGACUGGUGGCCUUAUUGAACCUGAAGCCCAGGGUCGAGUGUCACUAGAUGAAUCCAUCAGGAAGGGCACCAUCGAUGCCCGCACUGCCCAGAAACUGAGGGAUGUCAAUACCUAUUCAAAAUAUCUGACAUGUCCAAAAACCAAACUGAAAAUCUCCUUCAAAGAUGCCAUGGACAGAAGCAUGGUCGAGGAAGGAUCUGGCUUAAGACUCCUAGAAGCCUCCUCACAGUCCAGCAAAGGCCUUUACAGCCCCUACAAUGCCAGCGGUUCUGGCUCCGCCUAUGGCUCUCGGACCGGCUCUCGGACCGGAUCCCGAUCAGGCUCCAGGAGAGGGAGCUUUGAUGCUGGUUCUGGCUUUAGCAUGAACUUCUCGUCCUCCUCCUACACGUCCACUUCCACUAGCUAUGGUCGCAGAUUCUGAUCAGCCAGUCGCGUUGAUGAGAACUGGUGACUUAGGAAUUUAAAAACUAACUUACAUUGCAGUUGCAUUACAGGAAAAACUAGUUAUAGUAACAAAGAGAAUAUAACUUAUUUAUAGUGUACCAUCAAAACCUGCUUAGACUGUUUUUUUCAUUCAUAAGCCAUCUAAACAUGUGCCCAUUAUAUCUCUAGCAUUGCUUUUUCUUUCUGGUUUUCAGUUAAUAUUUUUCAAAGCAUGACAUUUAUGUUGUUUUUAUGAGGCUUCUCAUUUGGCAAAUGCUCUUCUUUCUAAACUUUCUAAAGCUAAUAUAUACAGUAUAUAUGUAAGAGAAAUAUUUUUUCAGUAUUCAUUGUUUCCUUAAAAAGUCCAGAAUAGUUUUUUAGCUUUUUUUUUAAUUAGACAAAGUGUAUCAAAUUCUAAAACACAUUGUGACAUAAAAUGUAUGAAUGUUUGCAUAGCAUAUGAACAGAUGUUAUGUUGCUGUGAUGUGUAAUUUCGCCUGGGUCCCUAAAUCAAACACCCAGUAAAAUGCACCUGUGAGACACUAAGAACUGAGACACUAAAAACAAGCAACUGAACAGAAGAACUGAACAUAUGCCGACAUCUCAUAUCUGUCAUUACUUUGUACCUUUACAUUUAGUGGACUUUUGCAAUUUUUGAGUUUGCUUCACACACUCCCAAGUGUUCCUGAUAAAUCCCAAGAUGAUGUCACCAUUGACCCUGCUCUCCCAUACAGACCUGCCUCCUGUUAUUUUAGUUCUUUGCUUCAGGACGAGAGCAUACUCUCCCCUCAACUCAGAUGGAUUUUUGAGUCUGUGUCCUCCUCAUGUGGUAACACAGAUCUGCCAUUUCAUUUAUUGUCCAUCAAAUUUGAAGACAGUUGAGGCUGAGGCUACACCAUCUUGGGAUUUCUUUCUAGGAACACUCUUCAUUAAUUUGUAUAUACUUAUUACUUGAAUGCUACAUUAGAAAUAGUUAUGUUGUCAUCUCCCUUUGAAUAUUCCCCCCAGAAAAAUUUGAUGUGUACAUUAUUUGACGUAAAUUGGAAAUUAUUUCACACAAAUUCUUUUGCCUUUAACUAGUCCACUGUAUGCUUUUGUAUGUUUGUUACCAUAAAAGAGCUGAAAUAAGAGAAAUUUGCAGAAUUAGCAUAUUUCAUACAGCGCAGCAUCGCAUGAGUGUAUUAUAUAAAAUUCAUUAAUUUCAGUUGACAUUUUGCCACAGAUUUUUUUGCACACUGAAAAACUGUGUGAUGCUUUAUUUUGCUGUUGUUGUUUUUUUUCCACAGCACGUCUUUGUAAAUUUAUUUCAUUUUGUUUUUAACAUGUUUUUGAUGUAUUAUAAAUUUGCCUUGCAUGUUUCACUAACUUUACAACUUUGCAGGAUAUUUAGGAAAAAUGCAGAUGUAAAAUAAAGAGAAGUACAGAUGAAACUUUACUGUUUUUAAUUUUAGCAGUAUAUUACAAUUUAGUCACACACUAGUUGAUUCUACAGUACUUACAGUAUGAAUUAUGUUUGCUUUUGAUUAUAUGGUGAGUGGAUGUAGUUUUAUGAUCUGAUUAUUACAUCAUAUUGUAAAUAAAUGCUCUGAAGAGGC